GAACCCAUAAUCUUUGUCUAUACUGCGGAGCAAACAACCAUUUGGUGGAGAGAUGUCAGCUCACAAAGGGACAACGCCGCCUCAACACCACGGCAUACGAGCCAGACACUGCAACCUCUAUACACCACAAGAACGAAUCUGUACGUACUCACACCCUCUACUCUGCUAAAUUGCAAACCUGGCCCCCCCCCCACUGACUUCACCCCUAGGAUUAAAUCUCGAUGUCCUCAACUCAAAGUCAAAGGGUCAGUGGGUGGAAAGGUAGUGCAUGCAUUAGUAGAUAGUGGUGCGGAAGAUAAUUUCAUCAAUAAAAAUAUUUUACCAGAACUUCAAAUCCAAAAGUCUACUCCUUUGUCCCAACCAAUUAUCGCUGCAGACGGCCACAUCAUUGUGCCUAGUGAUAAAGCAAGAAUUGUAGAAGUAGAAUGUAAAUUUAAUGACCUCGCAAAAGGUCAAUUCUCCUUUGUACCAGCUCCACUGAAACAUCAAGAUGUCAUACUAGGUUACCCAUGGUUGCAACGCCUAAAUCCAAACAUUGAUUGGAUUACCGGUAAAAUAGAAUGCAACAAUCUCAUACCACAAAAGCGUCCCAUAAAAACACCAAUAAUAAAAACAAGGCCACGCACAUUUCCCUCCCCUCUCCGCACUGUAGGUCAACGCUGGGGUGCACGCCCACUCAAUAACAGUAAAGCCAUCGCUAUGACAAAGCACGUUUGCGAACUCAUCCGCAAAAACACCAGUGUCCAACAAAACAAUGGCCCCAACACUGAGGAAAGAGUUUCCAUAAUUGAUUGGCAAAAAUUAUACCACACCCUAAAAUUGAACACCAUAUUGAAAGAACACGAGCCCGAUACCUAUCAAACCCUACCUAACCACUAUACAAAUUUUAAAAAUGUUUUCUCAAAGCCAAAAGCUGAAGAACUAGCAAAAGAAAGGUCAAACGUGAACUGCAAGAUUAUUCUCAAGCCAGACCCCAAGAUGCGCCACGGAAGAGUAUACAAGAUGUCCGAUACAGAACUCAGUCUACUCAAAACCUAUAUUGACGAUGGAAUCCAACGAGGAUGGAUCCGAAAAAGCAAAUCUCCUUGCGCCUGUCCAGUUAUGUUUCGAACUAAGCCGCAUGACUCGGCCCUACGCCUUUGCGUGGACUACCGUGCCGUAAACGCCAAUACAGUCAAAAACGCUUACCCUUUGCCCCAAUUAGAUGACUACCUAAGCAAAAUGCACAGCGCUAAAUUCUUCACCAAACUUGAUCUUCGUAACGCCUUCCAUCUGCUACGAAUGAAAAAAGGUGAUGAGUGGAAAACUGCGUUUAUAAGCUAA